AUGAUGGGACAGACCAGUGAACCACACAUGCCACACGAUCGGUUCUGGUGCCUCUGGGCUAUUUGGCUCAUUUCUUUAGAGCCUGCAUCUGCUGUGUUCGUGGUGAAUAGAACUCUGGGGGACUCUGUGUUUUUCCAUCAGUUUGUGUACUGGAACGCUCCAUUGGAGUGGAGGUUUGGAGAUGAUGAAGUAGUUGCAGCAAGGCCUUUUUAUGCUGCCCCAUAUUGUUACCCUCGUUAUCAGGGAAGAUGUCAACUUUCCAGUGAAGGGGCACUGCAGCUAAACAACUUGACAUACUCUGAUCAAGGGCAGUACGUCUUUAUUGUUGGGGCAAUUAAACCUUACCAUAGCCAGAUUGUCUAUUAUCAGCUCCAAAUAUAUCCAACUCUCACUGCUCCCGCCCUCGUUCCUAAUUCUGUUCCUGAU